UAUUAGUAUCCGCGUUUGGUGUUGACACUGUGUCAGCUAUCUCCCGGGAUAUAUGCCUUGCCCUUGCAAGCAACAUUCACAUGCUCAAAAUUAUUACAGACUUGUAUUACAUUUCAUGAUGUUCAUCAACUGGUAUCAAUCAGUCGUCGUCGGUGUUGUCGUCCACAAUGAAAAAGUCGGCCAUGAACUCAAGUGUCUUGUGCUAUGAUCAUGAUAGUGUCGGUGCAUAUGUAUGUACAAACACUUCUAACUGACAGUGCUUCGGAAUAAGUGCACAUCAUUGUGUUCAACAUGGGCUGCUGUGCUAAUUUUUCCACACUUCUGUCGAUUACUUUUGAUAGCUCAAUUGAGUAAUUUACUUUCCUACAUUUAUUCAUCUUUACGAAGGUUACUUAAGUUAUUUAUUAUUCAUUAUUUUGUACUUUUUCUAUUGAUUUUUUGUUUUGAUUUGUACUUUAUUUUCGUGUGUGUGUACUCAACUUGAAUAUUGUAAAAAUUGUCCAUUCGUGGAGGCGAAUGGACAAUUUUUAUUUAAUAUUCAAAAAUAAACACGUUAAGUUAAGAAUCGUGCACGAACGAACCACUGUGACACGACGGAGUACCAAAUGGCGUGGACGAUUGACCAGAAGCCUUCAGCUAAACAAGUUGAAAUAAACAAUUCAUUAUGCGCAUGCUUUGACUGGCGAUAUGGACUUUACUGACCUGGGUCAUGCAUUAAACAUGACAUGCGCCCUGCAGCAACAUAUCGUCAGUUUGAUAUCCAGAGAUCUUAGAAAUUUAGGAGGCGUUAUAGAGAUGAGAAGGAGAGGUACAAAUACAAGUAUGGACACCGAGGUGGAUUCACAACUAAGUGAUGAUCAAAACAGUGUUGUUGGCAGUGAGAAUAUUGAGAAUGGAGAGACAACAAAUAAUCAUGAUUUUUGUGGACCAUCGAAUCAUGUAGAGGAUGAUACAGUACCUGCUAACAGUCAAAUGAGCAGUACCUGCAGUAGUUCUACUUCCCAACAAGCAUACGAAUCAUCAAGUGAUGAACACGAGUUAACUACUAUAGACAAAUUAUGUGAAUGCUUACGUGGUAGUGUUGUCGUCAGUGACUCAACAGAUUGUCUUGCCUGUAAACUGAGAAAGGAGGUUUACUAUGAAACGAACGUCACCACGGUUUGCGCGGCGUGCCCGGGAGUCCCUCGUCUUUGUUCAUUGCCAUGUUUUCUAUGGUGGCACAUUUUUCAUAUACCGACAUCCCGCACUCAACCAACAACAACAAUCCGAUCCGAACAAACCGGUACAAGAAUAAGAGAAUCAAAUGACCAAGUUAUGGUUUCAGAGUCCCAGGUAACUGAUCAAUCGAGUGAAUUUAGAGCGUCUGAGGAAUCAGUCCUCCAACCUUGCACAGCAUCCGUACGUCGGGUAGUCGGAAAAAGAAGACGACGUAAAGCAUCCCGAUAUCGUUAUGUGAGAAGGAAAGUCCAGCCUAAAAGUAAAUCCAGUCGUCCAUCGUAAACACACUAAGAUAAUUCUGAUGGACGCUAUUUUUUAAUUUAUUGAAGAAAUGAGUGUACAUAAUAAUAAUAAUAAUAAAAGUUUCUUUGUUAAAUAUAUAAGUGUGAUUAAACCGAGCAUAUACACAAUAUUUUCGUAUUUCUUCCCAUUCAGAUCAAAAAUCAAUAUCGCAAUUUCACGGGCUGAUGGUUAUUCUUGGAAAAAAAUUUUGGUUCAUAGUGUACCGUACGCACUACAUAAGUUGAUUACGUUCUUUGCGAAUAUCCACAGCCAACAACUGAAAUAAUUUGUGACAGUAUAGAAAGAUAAACACAAUUGAAUCACAAUAAUUUAAUUACGAAUUUAAUUCUGACAAGGCGAAAAUAAUAAAGUAUAACAGGCAAUUAGAAAUCUUGAGUAUUUCAGAAAACAUACAAGUUUACUUAAUAAACCUUUGAAAUCCACCUACUAGAGCCGGUAUUUUUGUUGAAGCUAUCUAUGAAUGUCCUUAUAUCGGAAAUAAGUAAAUAGAACUUCCAUGAAAGAAACACAUCAAAUUGCGAUGAAGUUGAGGAUAAUUCAGGGUCAAUCUUCGAGAUGACUUGUUUUAAUAUGAUGAGAAAGUAAUAUUGUAUUAGUUGUGUGCAUAAGCAGUGGUGUAGCUGACUAGACUGUGCACCCAACUUCUACUCAGUUUGCCACGGAUUUAAAUGCCCCCUCAACCCGCCGGUAGCUUAGAUAUUGUGACCUGUCAGAAGUCUAAAUCGGGCUCAUUACUAAGAGGAUUAACAUAUAUUCAGUUAUUUGGCAAUCUACCAUAACAUGUAGUUUGGGACGUAUUAUUGACUUCCGUUAAAAUACAAGGCUGGAAAAUGUGUUUGAGUGCAAAAUUCAUGGUGACACGCUGAAAACUGAAUAACCAAAUCACUGAAGGUCUUCAAAACACGUUAGUUGAUAACCAUAUUAUUCUAUCUAGAAAGUUACAUGUCACCGUCUGGUGGAAAUAAACCACUAUUGUUUUCAGGUGAACCUGUUGUAGCAACUGGCGUCCAUAUACCAAAUAACAAAAUUCAUUGAUCAGGAUUUCAAAACUGCUCACUUAUUUUAUAGUCGUCUAGUAUCUACCUUUGAGGCAUUUGUUUACACACUAUAAAUGCAGCUGUCUCGGAUUUAUUGUAAAUUUCAACAUUUCUGACGAAAGUAGCGCAGACUUCCCUUUAUAUACGGUGUACUGCUUUCUUUCUGAGAGAUAGGAAUCUAACCUGUUAACAGCCCAACAUUCUGUUUGACUAGCUGCAAGCACUUCAAGAAGAAUAGAAGGGAGCGUUUAGUCCAAAUUAGAAGUAGGACAUUGAAGAGAUUCAAAAUGAGAGAUUUAUAUUUGGAAUAAUUACAAUAUAUCGUUAUAUAUGCCAAAUUACGAUAUAAGGACUUCUCAGGAGUGUCAAGAGUGCAAACAAUGUCUUGAAGAGAUAAUAACUUCACGCAACUUCAAUUAUCGCUUGACCAUUAUUUUCAGAGAUCCUUAAAUAAGUAUAAUAUACACAGUGGUCUGGCCAAACAUGAUAAAAACGGCAUGGUUGAUGCAGCACAUACGUAUACUUUUGUAUAUGUAGGUAAACCUAGAUGAACUGUAUUCUUGUCACAAAGAUCGGAAAGCAGGUACCAGAUGUCUCAGUAAGCAGUUUAAUACAUGUAAGCUACAUGUUUUUAUUUGGCAUAAACUGGAUCUCCACUCACUUUCAGAAUUAAUCUUGAAUUCAGUUGUAAAAAGCUUGUUGAGCACAUCAGUAUUGAGAGAAUACAGUGAAAACUUAUGGAAAAACAUAUAUGUACCGUGUACGCAGAUGGAACUUACUGACGGUAACAGAGGACUACUCAUCUGAAUUAUUUGUACAUUUGAAAUCUGAUUUUUGUUUAAUGCACAAUUUUUCAAUGAAUCUGUGUUCCUUUUGUUGUUACGCGAUUGUGUUCCAGUAACAUAAGUAACACGUGCUAAGUUAGGAAUUGAGGGUAAACUAUUAGGGGUAAAUGCAGCGUCUGGGAAACUUUUGUUUACGCGAUUAGAUGAACAGAUGGCAACGUACCUAACCUUGACGUUUUUCCAAUAAAUAACGCCAAUAUACAUCAGCUGAUCAAAUGACCUAC